AUGUGCAACGACGACAACAAUAGCCCCACCCCCCAACCCCCACCAGCUGGCGCCAUCGCGGCUGAUGAGUUCACCGACGACAAUUCCUCAUUGAAUGGUGGUAGCAUCGCGUCGUCCACCUCGACUGUAGCGGCCUCGAUUCUUGAAUCUAGACUAGAGAACGGGAGAACGUACCACAAGUACAAAGAAGGGAGUAUGAUUACACGAAAUCAUUUGAGAUUAUACAAGACUAAUCGUUGCAGAGCUAGGUACUGGGCACCUAACGAUGAGAGAGAGAAGGACAGACUCGACCUUGUGCAUAAUCUCUACCUUUUGACUUUUGACUACUAUCUCGGAACUGCGCCGCCAACCCGAGAGGACUCGAAAGUCGGUCGCGUGCUCGACGUCGGCACAGGCACCGGCCUCUGGGCAAUCGAAUUCGGAGAGGACCACCCCGAGGCUGAGGUCACAGGUGUGGACUUGUCGGCUUCCCAGCCAAACUUCGUACCUCCGAAUGUUCGGUUCGAGAUCGAUGAUAUCGAGGAACCAUGGACUUUCAGUGAGCCCUUUGACUACAUUCACAGCAGAAUGAUGAAGGGCAGCAUUCGCGACUGGAAGAAGUUCCUCCAAAGCAGUUUUGAUAACCUCAACCCUGGUGGAUAUCUCGAACUGAACGAUAUCGACUUCUUCCCCUUGUCUGAUGACAACACGAUUCCCGAGGACAGUAAGCUCAUGAAGGCCUUUGGGUAUUGCUUUGAGGCUCUCGAAAAGAUGGGAUCGCCUUUUGAAGAGUUUAGCCGCUUCGAGACCCUGCUCGCCGAGGUUGGAUUCGAAGACAUCCAGGUGCAGCGUUUCAAGUGGCCCACGAACACGUGGCCCAAGGAUAAAAAGCACAAGGACCUGGGCGAGUGGAACCUCGAGAACCUUUCGCCCAACUUGGACGGUCUUCUCAUGGCGCCGCUGACGCGAGCUCUGGACAUGAGCCAGGCAGAGGUCCACGUUAUUGCGAUGGAGGCUCGUAAGGAGCUCGCGGAUAGACAGAUCCACGCUUACUUUAAUGUGUGGUCGAUUCAUGGACGCAAACCAGCGGCGGCGGCGGCGGCGAACUGA